AUGAAGAUCAUUCUGGUCCUCUUUGCCCUUGUGGCUGCAGCUCUGGCAGCCACGCCCGCCGAAUGGCGCUCGCAAUCCAUCUACUUCCUGCUCACCGACCGGUUUGCCCGGACGGACAAUUCUACCAGUGCAUCCUGUGAUACCAGUGCCCGACAAUACUGCGGAGGAACAUGGCAGGGCAUCAUUAAUCAGCUGGACUACAUCCAAGGCAUGGGGUUUACAGCUAUCUGGAUUACCCCAGUAACCGGCCAGAUUCCUCAGGAAACUGGCUACGGAGAGGCCUACCACGGAUACUGGCAGCAGGAUGCAUAUGCCAUCAAUUCCCAUUAUGGCACUGAGAGCGAUCUCAAGGCACUGGCCUCGGCUCUCCACGCACGAGACAUGUACCUCAUGGUUGAUGUGGUUGCCAACCACAUGGGCCACAACGGCACAGCCAGCUCCGUGGACUACAGUGUGUUCAAUCCGUUCAAUGGGCAGGACUACUUCCAUCGCCUGUGCUUUAUUUCCGACUACAACAAUCAGACAAACGUCGAAGACUGCUGGCUGGGUGAUAACACUGUUUCCUUGCCAGAUUUGAACACGACGCGCCCUGAAGUGAAGACUAUGUGGUAUGACUGGGUCGGUUCCCUUGUCUCGAACUACUCCGUCGACGGCCUCCGCAUAGACACAGUCAAGCACGUUCAGAAAGAUUUCUGGCCCGACUAUAACAAAGCCGCAGGAGUAUACUGUGUCGGGGAAGUCUUUGAUGGAGACCCAGCAUACACUUGCCCUUAUCAGAACUACCUCGACGGGCUUCUCAACUAUCCCAUGUACUACCCACUCCUCCGAGCCUUCAAAAACAGCUCUGGCAGCAUAAGUGACCUCUACAACAUGAUCAACACCGUAAAAUCCGAGUGCAACGACUCCACCCUCCUGGGAACCUUUAUCGAGAACCACGACAACCCUCGUUUUGCCAAUUACACAAGCGAUAUGUCACUCGCCAAAAACGUCGCCACCUUCACCAUCCUAGCCGACGGGAUUCCCAUCAUCUACGCCGGGCAAGAACAACACUACAGCGGCGGCAACGACCCUUAUAACCGCGAAGCAACAUGGCUCUCCGGCUACUCGACCACCAGCCCUCUCUACACUCACAUCGCAACAUCCAACAAGAUCCGCUCCCACGCCAUCAGCCAAGACUCCGGCUACCUCACCUACAAGAACUACCCAAUCUACCAAGACACGUCGACCCUCGCCAUGCGCAAAGGCUACAACGGCACCCAAACCAUCACCGUCCUCUCCAACCUCGGCGCCUCAGGAGCCUCCUACACCCUCUCCCUCCCAGGAACAGGCUACACGGCCGGCCAAAAGCUCACUGAGAUAUACACCUGCACCAACCUAACCGUCAGCUCGAACGGCUCGGUCCCCGUUCCCAUGAAAGACGGAUUACCAAGGAUUCUCUAUCCCAUGGACAAGUUCAAUGGGACUUCAUUCUGCAGUUCCGCAACAUCCAUACUCAAACAAGCAGGUGUACCUCUACUCCUGAGCUGUAUUUUGUGA